CCAACUGUACUCGAGACCGGUGCCUAUCUAUCGUGUUGUUGGUGGGUCCACUGUUUUAGGGUUUGCAUUGCAGAGUUCCAUUUUACUUUUCAUUCAUUUCCGAUCCAUUAUUCUUCCUCUCGCCAGUUCCAAAGAUAUCGAUCAACACCUUCGUGCUACACGGUCGCGCAUAUCCAGCAUGCAGGCAUCGCGGGCAAGGUUGCUCAAGGAGCACAAAGAGGUGCAGCGAGAAAAGGCAGUUGAUCCUGAUAUUCAACUAGUCUGUGAUGAUUCCAGCAUUUUUAAAUGGACGGCUCUUAUCAAGGGACCGUCUGAGACUCCUUUUGAGGGGGGUGUGUUCCAGCUUGCCUUUUCUGUUCCGGAGCAGUAUCCUCUACAGCCACCCCAAGUCCGGUUUCUAACUAAAAUAUUUCACCCAAAUGUGCAUUUUAAGACUGGGGAGAUUUGCCUAGAUAUCUUGAAAAAUGCUUGGAGCCCAGCUUGGACACUUCAAUCUGUCUGUAGGGCUAUAAUUGCUUUGAUGGCCCAUCCAGAACCUGACAGCCCACUGAAUUGUGAUUCAGGCAACCUUUUGCGUUCAGGUGAUGUUAGAGGGUACCAAUCCAUGGCAAGAAUGUACACAAGACUUGCAGCAAUGCCAAAGAAAGGCUGAAUGAUUUUAGAUAACUUGUUUCCUAGUUUUGUCUAGAGUGUAGGUGUGUGACUUCGCAUAUCUGGAUUCAUGCCGGAAUUGAGUUCUAAACAUAUUCAAAUAAUCCUUGAUUGCUUCAGUUUUAUGUAAGUCAGAUUUUGAGCUUGCAUUUAAUAAUGAGUCCUAAGCGGUUCGACUGGUCGUUAUUCACAGUCUAAUUCUUGGUUCCUUUUGGUGGCAAUGGAUCCUCUAAUGUGAGGUUUUCACUUUGAUACUUCCAUGUGAAAAUCUUAACCAUCAAAGUCUCAUACCUUUUUUUAUUAUUUAAAUUCUCUCAUUUUUAACUGAAGAAUUAUAUUUCAUUGGACAUGAAAGGAUCCAAGCCCUCUUUUGGAUGAAGCUUUUUACUUCUUCCUGGUGGAUUAAUCAUUUGAAUAUCAAUGGGACUUGAUUCACUUACAUUUGAUGGUCGUGAUCUCCUCGAAGGAAGAAACUUCUUGGGGAGGGGUCACUGGAUAACCAUGAUCCUUAAACAUACGGUUCGAUUUUCAGUUGUGUAUAAAAUAACAUUUACUGCGA